CAUAUGACGGCGCAGCGCCCGUAAAGACUACGCUAUCGUUCCGUUAGUAUCUUCUUGAAUUCCAAAAGACUUCAAUUGCAGUAACCAAUCAAUGGUGAUGGGAGAGAAGCCAAAGAAGCUAUUAAUUUUAUAUGCAUCUGAGACUGGUAAUGCCAUAGACGCCGCUGAGCGUCUUGGCCGUGAAGCUGAGCGUAGAGGAUGCCCCGUCUUGUUGCUCUCCGUUGAUGAUUUUGACCCUAGUUCUCUACCGGACCAAGAAAUUGUAAUCUUUGUGGUCUCAACUACAGGUCAAGGGGACAACCCAGAUUCUAUUAAGGUGUUUUGGAAGUUUCUCUUGCAAAGGAAUCUUACCCAGAACUGGCUUAGUAGAGUCAACUAUGCUGUGUUUGGCUUGGGUGAUUCAGGCUACCAGAAAUAUAAUUUCGUUGCAAAGAAACUUGACAAAAGACUUUCAGAUCUUGGUGCGACAGCAGUGGUGGAAAGAGGUCUGGGAGAUGAUCAGCACCCUUCAGGAUAUGAAGGUGCUCUGGAUCCUUGGAUGUCCACCUUGUGGAAAGCAUUAUACCAAAAAGAUCCGAAAUUAUUUCCUAAAGGUCCAGAAUUGAUGACUUCAAAUAUGAGUUUGAUGGAUCAACCUAAAGUACAGAUUACUUAUCAUGAUGUUGCUGAAGGGACUUCAAACUUUUCAUCUAUCCCAGAUGUCAAACUUCUCGAAAUGCAGAUUGAGAGCACGCGCUUCAUAUUGCCAGGAAAACUUUCUGGAAAGUACAGUCCCGAGUGCUUCUUAAAAAUGGUUAAAAAUGAUCCAUUAAGUAAGGCUGGCUCUGGGAAAGAUGUCCGCCAUUUUGAAUUUGAAUCUGUUUCAUCUAGUAUUGAGUAUGAGGUUGGUGAUGUUGUUCAUAUUCUCCCUGGCCAAGAUGCUGCAGCUGUAGAUGCCUUCAUAAAGCACUGUAAUUUGAACCCUGAAUCAUAUAUCCGAGUUCAGGCUAAUGAUAAUAAAGAAAAUGAACAAAGUUAUGAUUUGAGAAAUACAUUGAAGGUCCCUGUAAGAUUGAAAACUUUUGUGGAACUGGCAAUGGAUGUUGCAUCAGCUUCCCCAAGACGGUAUUUCUUUGAGGUUAUGAGUUAUUUUGCUACUGCCGAACAUGAGAAGGAGAGGCUUCAAUACUUUGCUUCACCAGAAGGAAGAGAUGAUCUUUAUGAGUACAAUCAGAAGGAACGUAGAACUGUACUGGAGGUAUUGGAUGAUUUUCCAUCUGUUCAGAUGCCUUUUGAAUGGUUGGUUCAGUUGGUACCUCCACUAAAAACUAGGGCUUUUUCCAUCUCUUCUUCUCACUCAGCUCAUCCAAACCAAGUGCAUUUAACUGUUAGUGUGGUAUCGUGGACAACACCUUAUAAGAGGAAGCGCACGGGUCUUUGCUCGUCAUGGCUAGCUGAACUUGAUCCUCAGAAAAGUGGCCUCAUACCGGCAUGGUUUCAAAAAGGUUCUCUUCCUUCCCCCCCGCCUUCACUUCCUCUUAUUCUAAUUGGACCUGGCACAGGGUGUGCACCUUUUCGUGGAUUUGUGGAGGAAAGAGCCCUUCAGAGUCAAUCCGGUCCUACUGCUCCCAUUCUUUUCUUCUUUGGUUGUAGAAAUGAAGAAAAUGACUUCUUAUACCGAGAUUUUUGGUUGUUUCAUUCACAAAAGGGGGGAGUCCUUUCUGAAGAAAAAGGUGGCGGCUUUUUUGUUGCCUUCUCCAGAGACCAGCAACAGAAGGUUUAUGUGCAGCAUAAAAUGAGAGAAGAAAGCUUUAAGAUAUGGAAUCUAUUAACCGAGGGGGCAGCUGUGUAUGUCGCAGGCUCUGCCAAUAAAAUGCCUUCUGAUGUGCUGUUGGCAUUUGAAGAAAUUGUAUCUAAAGAAGGCGGGGUUCCAAAGGAAGCUGCAGUCAGGUGGCUUAGGGCAUUGGAAAAGGCAGGCAAGUAUCAUGUCGAAGCAUGGUCUUAACCGCUGCUUGUAUUUUUCCAUCUCACCUUAAAAUUUUGGGAUGAGGAGCCAAAAAUCUGUGCCCUAUUCAGCCAAGUUAUUUCUACAUGAUUCAUAUUUAC